CUGGGUUAUUUUUGACAUUCUGUUGUUUACAAAUUUGAGAAAUUUUUGUUUGAAGAUUUUAGGCAAAGUAUUCUGCUGAAAUAUUAUUUAACUAAGAAAAAAAUGAAUCAAAUACGGCCUGUAUACCGAUUGUCACAGAAUUAUUUAAGUUAUUUGGAUAUAACAAAAAGAGCAAUUAUAACAAACAAUAAUUUGUGUACACAUGCCUCCUUCAAUAAUCUUGCUGGAAACAAAUUAGGCGGAUUUCGUUAUUUUAGUAAUUUUGAAAAUCCUCGACAAAAUGAAAAAAGUGAUGAAUUUAAAGAGAAGCGAGUUUCUUUUCCGAGGUUGUCAGAUUUUCCAACUGUUAUGUGGCCAUCAUUUAUAAAAUCCUUUAAAAAUUGGAUAUUAAUUAAUCUAAUAAUACGUCCAUAUUUCGAUACUGAGUUUGUUAUGCCAGAUUUUGUACAAGGAGCAAAACAUGCAGUUCAGGUUAUAUCAAAAUAUUUAAGUAAUGGUGAAUUUUCAGCGUUAAAUAACCUGGUGACAACAAAUGUUAUUGAGGAGUUGGAACCUAUUGUAAAAACUUUAUCUAUAUCGCAACGAUCAGAAUUAGCAGUACUAGAAAAGGACAUAUACGUAUCAUUUCCCUACGAAGUCGGUAUAAUAUAUGAAGAAAAUAAUGAAAAGGUAAAAAAAUGGGUUGAAAUAGUUAUGAUUUUUCAUGUUCUGCACGGUUUGACCGAGAUGCGUAGAGCUGGAACGGAAAUACCAUGGAAUAUUGGAAUGUUUCCAGAAUACCAACAGAAAAUGUUUGUGUGUAACUACCGCUUUAGGAAAGAGUUUACUGCUGAAGCACAAUCCGACUGGAUUGUUAAUGCAGUGAAUCACUUCAGACCGGUUGAUUUAAUACAUAGUGCUUGAAUAUUGUUUAAUUUUUAAUCAGUUUUCGUUAAAUAUUUUUGAUAUGUAAUUAAUUUUAAAGUCUGAUCAC